CCGUUUAAACCCGUACGUGGCAGUUAGGGAGCAGCCUAGCACUGCGCGCUGCCGCCGCUGUCAAUAUUUUGCUGUGUGAACUCUUAACCUGUGACUUUGUGCAUGCAUCCCUGUGAAAUAAAUCGAGGCAGUUAUACUCUUUAAAAAAUAUAUAUAGAAGCAAUCGCCUUACCGUCAGCCCGGAGAGAAGCGCAGCAUGUUCACGGUGUCGGAGCUCGUCGUGCUCUUGGCCGUCUUGUGUGCCACCGCGUCCGGCUACUUUGUUAGCAUAGACGCCCAUGCCGAGGAGUGCUUCUACGAGCGGGUGAACUCCGGCACCAAGAUGGGCCUUAUGUUUGAGGUAGCUGAGGGAGGCUUCCUGGACAUCGACGUCGAGAUAACAGGUCCCGAUGGCAAGCAGAUUUACAAAGGAGACCGGGAGUCCAGUGGGAAGUACUCUGUGGCAGCUCACAUGGAUGGGACGUACAAAUUCUGCUUCAGCAAUAAGAUGUCCACCAUGACACCCAAGAUUGUCAUGUUCACCAUCGAUAUCGGAGAGGCACCCAAAGGCCAGGACAUGGAGACAGAAGCUCACCAAAACAAGCUGGAGGAGAUGAUCAAUGAGCUUGCAGUCGCUAUGACGGCUGUCAAGCACGAGCAGGAGUACAUGGAGGUCCGCGAGAGGAUACACAGAGCAAUCAACGACAACACAAACAGCAGAGUGGUGCUGUGGUCGUUCUUCGAAGCUCUCGUCCUUGUGGCCAUGACGCUCGGACAGAUCUACUACCUGAAGCGAUUCUUUGAAGUACGGCGAGUGGUUUAGUGUGCGAAGCGAUCCCUCUGUUGUGCCCCACCAUCCUCUCCAACACCAAGACAGUUAUUUACACUUUGGAAACGAGACUGGCUGUUUUCAGUAAAAUCCUUAAAAAAAAAAACAAAACAAACAAUUGAAUCUUAACUAUGUUUUGUUCUCCUGUGACCCAUUUGGUUCCACCUUUAUAAAUGUGGUUAUUAAUAGUUUUACGUUUUCAGGGAAGGUCCAAAACAUUAUUGGAUUGAUGUCAGUUGGGUUUGCAUUCGUUAAGUUUGUUUUUCUACAUUCACUCAACCAUCAGCUACGUGCAGUUUUAUGUCCAUGUGAAUGACGAUGAGGCUCAUAAUUUUCUGUGAAGUAAACAAGAUGAAAAAUCUGCGCACUGAUGAACAGGCAUGCCACCACAGGAGAAUGUAUCCCUUCUUAUCCUGUUUCCAGGACUCUUUUACAAUGCGAAAAAUGGCAAACAUGAAGAAAGAAUGCAGCAGCCUGAGGUUUGAGUGGCCACGGGCUUGUUAGCAAGAGUCUCAACUGUGUUACACAGUUUCCAACUAGAUAUAUCAUCUCUAUACAUUGUCUGUAACAACAAAUUGCACUCCUGGUGAAUAAGUGAUUAAAUUAAUAAUUUUUAUUGUAGGUGGUCCUCAAGGGAAACUAAAGUUCCUUUCCUUUUUUUUUGUUGUUUAGUAGAAAUCUAUGCCACAUGAGGCUUCUGUGGAUGUUUUUGUUAAUAGGCAAUACAAAGAAAACGUUUGACUCCUUUUGUAGUUCAGAAAAAUUACAAAUGGGUCAGUGGUUUGCCAUAUUUGCCCUAUGAUUUCACCAGUUGAUUAUGGAUUUUCAACAGUGUAAGUUUCUAAGACAUCCUGCUACUCCGUAAUCCCCUGAAGAGUUAGUGUUGGGCCGGAUUUAAACUGAACUACUGUACUUGGGUUGUAACGGCGAAGCCAAGGAAGAAUACUGAGGAGAAAUACUGAAAUACAUGUUACAUGAUUGAUGCUGGGUUGGGGGAGGGUAACAUGAAACCCAAUGACUGCUGUGUGCUUUAGUUGCUUUUACGAUAGUAAUUUUGUUGGGGUUGGGAUUUUAAGUUAUGCGAUGGCAAGCAGUUUUAUACUGUCUAUUUUUCCUGGCGUAUAUCCAGUAGGGUGUUACAUUUGUACACUGAGGUGCCUAUGAAUUUCACAUGAAUAUAUCUUUGUGCUCACAAGCUAAAGAACUUUGUCCAAGGUAUUCGCCCACACAUCACGCAGAGGUUUACACCUGUUGCAUUUUACUGAAUAUACCCCAGUUUUGUACUAUACCUGCCUGAAUGCACGUACGGCUGCACUCAGGCAGGUGUGACCGCUCUAUACAGUCUCUCCUUUGUGCGAUUUAAAAAAAUAAUCUGAUCAGUCAAUCUGUACAAAUGUAGAAUGUAUGUGGAAAAAUCCCCAAGUUUCAUAAUAAAUCCAAUAUUCUGUAAAUUU